CCCAGAGAAUGUUUCCCUCUCCACCAAGCUUCCCAAGCAAUUCUACAACACAGCUUCGAUCACAAUACUUACACCUCACUUUAAUACGCUAUCCAUAUAUCAUCAACAAUUACCAACAGAAAACAUGAUCAAGACAUACCCUCCUCAGAACUGGUCGCACAAAGCGACUAUGCUUGUGCUAGAAGGUGACGCCAACUUCCUCUCCGAGAAGACGCUAAUUGAGCAUCUAGACAAGAACCACCGUAUCAAGGCUGAUUCCUUUUGGAUCCAGCACGUCAUCAAGGUCGGAUUCGCUGCCACAUGGGAGCGCAUUUACCUUGAUACCGAGAAUCCCGAAAACACCGAAUAUAGCCGUAUCCGUGAAGAAUUCGAGACAUACCCCCCCAAGGGAUGGUGCCAUGAUGCUACCUUGGCGGUAUUUGUCCACGAUGCAAAAGAACGCGUGAAUAAGGAUAUUAUUCGCAUUUUGUACGCCCAGCAGCAUAUCCUCGCUGAUGACUUUUGGAUUAACCAGGUCAAGAUACUGGGCUGGGGCGCGGAUAAUCAUGAGCCAAGAUUUAGACAUUUGGAUUGA